UCAAAAUUUAUUGAAAUCAUUAAAAAAAAAACAAUUAAAAAAAUAUUGUAGGUGUAAUUUUUAUAAAAUAUUUACGAAAAUAUUAAAAAAGAGUAUGGAUUUAACAUUACAAAUGUUAUCGGUAAUCAUAUCAUUUACAAGUACAACUUUUAAAUAGAAGGAAAUUGAAAGAAAUUAUCUUAUUGUUGUUAAUUUAAAAUUAUUCUUAUAUGUGUCAGUGAAAUAAUAAUAAUAAUAAUAAUAAUAAUGAUGAUGCCAGAGAUUGAUAAAUAAGAUUUAUAGUGGAAUAAAUCUCUGUAUCUUGCAAGUGAUUUUGAGAGUAGAAUACUUAAACCAGAAUGUUUUUAAGAAAAUCUCUCGUAUCGUCAUGUACGAUUAUAAAUCGUUCAAUGAGCACAAUAAAAGAAUUGGCUUUUAUUAAUGGAAAAUGGAUUAGCGCAAAGAGCAAUGAAACUUUUCCUGUUUAUAAUCCUGCGGAUGGUAAAAAAAUUGGUCAUGUACCGGAUAUGCACGCUGUCGAUACUCAGGAAGCUAUUGAUGCAGCACAUGAGGCUUUUAAAUUAUAUCGAAAAACAACAGCAAAAGAACGAAGUGAUCUUUUGCGUUCCUGGUAUAAUUUAUUGGUGAAACAUUCGGAGGAUUUGGCUAGUAUUUUGACAAUGGAAAAUGGAAAAUCAUUGAAUGAAUCGCGAGCUGAAAUUCGCUAUGGAAAUUCAUUUGUUGAAUGGUUUUCAGAAGAAGCAAGACGUGUUAAUGGUGAAGUAAUUCAAGCGCCAAUACGUAAUCGAGAAAUGUUUUUAUUGAAACAACCAAUUGGUGUUGCGGGUUUUAUUACACCUUGGAAUUUUCCUCAUGCAAUGAUAACACGAAAAGCUGGUGCGGCUCUCGCAGCUGGUUGUACAUGUGUAAUUAAACCAUCAACUGAUACUCCAUUCACAGCUCUUGCAAUGGUGGAUUUAGCGGAAAAAGCCGGCUUUCCAGCUGGUACUAUUAAUGUUUUAACUUCGAGUGUAAAAAAUUCUGUUGAAGUUGGCAAAGAAUUGUGCAGUAAUUCCAAAAUUCGAGUUUUAUCAUUCACUGGAUCAACACAAGUUGGCAAAUUAUUAUAUAAACAAUGUGCCUCGACAAUGAAACGAUUGAAUCUUGAAUUGGGAGGUAAUGCACCUUAUAUUGUUUUUAAUUCGGCUGAUGUCGAUAUUGCUGUAACUGCAGCAAUGGCGAGUAAAUUUCGUAACACGGGACAAACUUGUGUUUCGGCAAAUCGAUUUUUCGUACAGAAUGAAAUAUUUGAGAAAUUUAGAGAUAAAUUUUUAGAGAGAAUUCAAAAGGAAAUUAAAUUAGGCGAUGGAUUAAAAGCAAAUGUGACGCAUGGACCUCUCAUUAAUGAGAGUCAAUUGGAGAUUGUUAAAAAUCUUGUUGACGAUGCCAUUAAAAAAGGAGCAAAAAUUCAUUGUGGCGGUGAAGUGGUAAAAGAUCUUGGACCACUUUUUUAUGCUCCAACAUUAUUGACAGAAGUUACAAAAAAUAUGGAAAUUUAUAAGCGUGAAAUUUUUGGUCCCGUUGCGGUAAUACAUAAAUUUAAAAAUGAAGAAGAUGCUAUUCGCGAAGCAAAUGAUGUUAAUGUUGGUUUGGCUGGAUAUUUUUUCUCCCGUGAUAUUUCACAGGUUUUUCGUGUGGCAAGAAAUAUGGAAGUUGGAAUGGUUGGUGUUAAUGAGGGAAUGAUUUCAUGUACAGAAGCUGCAUUCGGUGGUGUCAAAGAAUCAGGAAUUGGACGUGAGGGUUCUAGUCAUGGAGUCGAGGAAUAUUUAGAUAUCAAGUACGUUUGUAUAGGAAACGUCGAGCAUUGAGAAAAUAAUUUUUUUGGGAAAUUAUUGAAGAGAAAAACGUUAUAUUUAAUGUUGAAUGUACAAUUUUAUUGAGACGAGCAGUAUAGAUGUUAAAAUACUCGUCAUUGAAAAAGAUACAAUGUGAAUUAAAAUUAAGUGCAGGAUAAUAAUAUUUAAACUUUUUUUAAUUACAUAGGUGUUUUUUUUUAUAACAUUGAACCAAUGCUACCUAAUUAUUCACUUAUAUACAAAAAAAAAAAUUGUAUACAUCUCCUUAGAAUGAUUAUAAAGAAAUUUAUUUCGAAAAUAAAUGAAUAAGUUUGCAAAGAUUAAUAGUUGGAAGACUAUACAUUUUCUUUAGGCAGCAUUGGUCUUAUCUUAGUUUUUAAAAAAUGUAGAAUAACUUUACACGUACGUGCUAGUCUUCCAUAAAUACAGUCUUCCAAAACGUGAAUCGCGUAACAAAUAUGAUAAUAUAUUUUAUGUCACUAUGAAGAUAAUAAUUAAAUAUCGCGCGAAGGAUAGGAUCUUCGAUUUUAGUAAAUAAUAUUAUUAGAAGUAAAAUUGUAUUCAUGUGAUACCAUUAUAGUAAAUACAUAUACAACAAAAACAUGUAUGAUACAAC